AUGCCGGAAUUGACGCCCGGGCUGCGAUAUCUCCUCCGGCAGGUCCCGAAUCUUGCCGUCCCUCCCGCGACGGUCUUUGGCAUCAGCCACCUCGCCCAUCGCCUCUUCGACUCCUCCAUCUCCCUCUGGCUCCUCGUCCCCGCAUAUGUCCUCUCCUGGCCCGUCGCCUUCGCUCUCCGCGUCCAAUGCGCCGAUCUCGCCAACCUCUGGGCCGCCCGGACUUCAGGCACGCUCAUGCCCCCAACCAUUGCCUCCAAGUACCCUGGAGGCCUGGACGUCGUGCAGGGCAUCUUCAGGAAUGACAAGUCGGCCUAUCUUGCCCAAACACUUUGGGAGUUCUCGGAGAAAUUUGGUUUCACGUACAACUUCAGGGUCAUGUUCGAGGACCGAAUCUUCACCUCCGAGCCCGAAUACAUCAAGCUAAUACUUGCCACGGACUUCCAACAAUACGAGAAAGGCCCUCUGCUCAACGGGCAGCUAGGCACUCUCCUCGGUGUGGGCGUGUUCAAUGCUGAUGGCGACAUGUGGAAGUUCCAUCGAUCCAUGACUCGCCCCUUCUUCAGCAAGGACCGCAUCACCCAUUUCGACAUCUUCGACCGACACGCGGAGCACGCGUUGAACCGUCUCGCCAAGCGCAUGGAGCAGGGCAUCCCUGUCGACUGGCAAGAUCUCGUGUCCCGCUUUACCAUGGACAGCGCGACCGAGUUCCUCUUCGGCCGCGACUGCCGCUCUCUCGAGGCCCCGCUUCCCCUGCCUUCCACCUUCCUCGCCCGACCGUCCCUUCCUGACAAUGUCCACCCCGCCGACCGCUUCGUCCGCGCAUUCCAGAAGGCGCUCGAGGCCACAGCGCACCGCGGGCGGUACCAGCAGGCAUGGCCGCUGGCGGAGAUGAAGGAAGACAGUGUACAGAAGCACCUCAAGGCGGUCGAUGAGUUCAUCGAUCCGAUUGUCGACGCGGCGGUGCGCAAGCAGGCGGCGAUGGGUGGUGCGAGUGCGGCGGCGAGGGAGAAGGAGAUCCGGGACGAUGAGACGUUGUUGGAGCAUCUCGUGAAGUACACGGAUGACCGCAAAGUGAUCAAGGACGAGACAUUGAACAUCCUCCUCGCCGGCCGGGACACGACUUCCUGCGCGCUCACGUUCGCGGUGUAUGCGCUUGCGGAGCACCCAGAUAUCCUCGCGCGUCUCCGUGCGGAAGUGUUGCAGGUUGUUGGCCCUGUUCGUCGCCCGACCUACGACGACGUGCGCGAACUCAAGUAUAUGCGCGCGUUCACGAACGAAGUCCUCCGGCUCUACCCUCCUGUCCCCAUCAACACGCGCUGCACCAUCAACUCGAUGCACUACUACAUUCCUCCUCGCUCGCGUGUGAUGUAUUCAGUCUUCUUGAUGCACCGACGCACGGACCUCUGGGGUCCCGAUGCCCUUAAAUUUGACCCAGACCGCUUCCUCGAUGAGCGUCUGCAGAAGUAUCUUCUUCCCAACCCGUUCAUCUUCCUCCCCUUCAACGCCGGCCCUCGCAUCUGCCUCGGCCAACAGUUCGCGUACAAUGAGAUCGCGUUCAUGCUCGUCCGCCUCCUACAGCGCUUCGCGAAGAUCACCCUCCGGCAGGACGCGCAUCCCGCCGCGAUGCCCCCGCCGGCGGUCGAGCGGUCCCCGCACGCCGUCGGUGGCCGCGAGCGCGUGUGGUUGCGGUCGCAUUUGACUGCUUAUGCGAAGAACGGGGUAUGGGUCGAAAUGGAGGGGGCGGAGGUGUAA